AUGGCGACUCAAGACCCACAAGUGGUUGCAAAGCUGGUCAGGGAUCUGGAGGAGCUUCGCAAGGCCAAGAAGGGCGAGGCCAAAUUCACCUGCAAAAAGAAUACAUUCACCGUCAGCGGCACCAACAAUGUGACCGUAGACUCCUGGAAGUUCCAGGAUUGGGACUACAAGCGUGCUGGGCUACCGACAUAUGCCCGUGGUCUUUUCACUACCAGGAGGAAAGAUGGGACCCCUGAGAUUGCGACGCGCGGAUAUGAUAAGUUCUUCAAUGUGGGUGAGACGAAGGCUACGGAAUGGCGCAACGUCGAGAAGAACACGAAGGGGCCCUAUGAGCUCAGCGUGAAAGAGAACGGAUGCAUUAUUUUCAUUUCCGCCUUGGAAAACGACAAACUGUUGGUAUGCAGCAAGCACUCGACUGGAGCUCGCGAAGAUUCAAACGUGAGCCAUGCCCUGGCAGGAGAACAUUGGGUGGAACGUCAUGUCUCUGCCGUGGGUCGUUCUGUCAAGGACCUGGCGCGAACUCUACGCCGGAUGAAUGUCACAGCUGUUGGAGAGCUAUGUGAUGACUCGUUCGAAGAGCAUGUCUUGGCCUACGACGAAGCAUCUUCUGGCAUUUACCUACACGGUCUUAACUAUAAUCAGCCUGACUUCCAAACAAUGCCGUCCGAGGAGGUGCACAAGUUUGCGGACGAAUGGGGCUUUAAGAAGGCCAAAUUCGAGGUCUUUGAUGAUAUCUUCCGUGUGCAGAGCUUCCUCGAGAAUUGCGCGGAGACCGGAACCUGGGAUGGACGUGAAACCGAGGGCUUUGUUAUUCGAUGCCAUCUCAGUGACAACGGAUCUGAGCCCUACCGGCAUUGGUUCUUCAAGUACAAGUUCGAAGAACCGUACUUGAUGUACCGUCAGUGGCGUGAAUGCACCAAAGCCGUCAUCUCCGGCAAACACCCCAAGAUCCGGAAACACCAGGAAAUCACUGAGGCGUACCUGCAGUUUGCUCGACGGAAGUUGAUGAAAAACUCCAAGAUGGCGGAUGAGUAUAUGCAUAACCACGGUAUCAUUGCUUUGCGGGAGGAGUUCCUCAAGGAACGCGGAACGACCGGAUCCGAUAUCAUCGCGCAGGAGAUCAAGAAGCAGAGUGAAUCGAAGGAGAUCAAUCAGAAUGUCAUCCUUGUCCCGAUUGCUUCCCUCGGGUGUGGAAAGACAACAGUCGCUUUGGCUCUCGUGAAGCUCUUCAAAUGGGGACAUGUUCAGAACGACAACCUGCCCAAACAGAAGAACAAGCCGAAGAGGUUCGCUUUCGAGGUCAGCCAUGCUCUAGGCGAGCACAGCGCUGUCAUAGCCGAUCGCAACAACCACCAACGGCGCGAACGCUCGCAGCUCAUGGAGGACAUCUACCCUGUGCUUCCUGAUGCGCGGUUCAUCGCUCUACAUUACGUCCACGAGCCCAAGUCGGAACGUCUUUCUGCUAUUCGAGAGGUCACCCGGAAGCGCGUGCUAGAACGUGGUGACAACCACCAAUCCAUCCGAGCAGGCACCAACGCCCAGGAAGAGACCAUUGGAAUCAUGGAGGGCUUCCUCAACCGAUUCGAAGGCCUUGACACCAGCCGCAGGCCAGACGAGAAUUUCGACCAGGUCAUCGACCUAGACGUAUGCGCCUCAUCUCGAGAGAACCUCGAAACAGUCGUCAAAGCCCUGCACGGCGCAUACCCUCGACUGGUGCCCCAGAUGCCCUCAUCCGAAGAUCUCGACGCCGCUAUCUCCGCCUCCCUAAACGACUACCACGUCGACACAGAUCUCAGCUACAGCUACGGCAAACCCCCCAAGAACAAGAACAAACCCAACUCCCCGGACAACGGCAUCACCCUCCGCGAACCAGCAGGGAAAACCGCCUUCUCCCCCGAAGCCCUCUCCAAAAAGAUCGAAUACUUCAACAUCUCCCUCCCAACCAACGAAAUAACCUCAACCCUCCACUCCCUCUUCCCCUCCUCAACACCCCCCGAAACCGCCCGCCUCUACAACCAACUCGUCAACUCCCGCCGCCUCCAGUCCUCCUUCCACGUCACUCUCAUCCACCGCGCCUCCAAGAAAGACUGCCCAGAAAUCUGGGACAGGAUGGUAAACCAGUACAUCACCGCACAAAACACCUCCCCAGUCCCGAAUCCCGUCCAGAACCCACCCACCCUCGGCUCUGCACGUGUUCGUCUCGAAAGACUCAUCUGGGACGCGCGUAUCAUGACCUUCGUCGCGCGCAUCCUACCUGAGAAAUCGGAAUCGGAGACGGAGACGGAGACGGGCGCAGAAUGGCCUUGUGCGAAUCCGAUACCGCAUAUUACGGUGGGCACUGCUUCGCCGGAUGUCAAGCCGAAGGAGAGUAAUGAUUUGCUGAAGAGGUGGGUGGAGGUUGGGUCUGGUGGUGAUACGGGCAUCUUUGAGGUCGAUGUUAAGGGUGUUAAGGUUGUUGAUGGGGUUGUUGGGUUGGUUAUGAGUCGGGGGAAGUAUUGA